AUGAUUGAUGAUGAUGAUGAUGAUGAUGAUGAUGAUGAUGAUGAUGAUGAUGAUGAUGAUGAUGAUGAUGAUGAUGAUGAUGAUGAUGAUGAUGAUGAUGAUGAUGAUGAUGAUGAUGAUGAUGAUGAUGAUGAUGAUGAUGAUGAUGAUGAUGAUGAUGAUGAUGAUGAUGAUGAUGAUGAUGAUGAUGAUGAUGAUGAUGAUGAUGAUGAUGAUGAUGAUGAUGAUGAUGAUGAUGAUGAUGAUGAUGAUGAUGAUGAUGAUGAUGAUGAUGAUGAUGAUGAUGAUGAUGAUGAUGAUGAUGAUGAUGAUGAUGAUGAUGAUGAUGAUGAUGAUGAUGAUGAUGAUGAUGAUGAUGAUGAUGAUGAUGAUGAUGAUGAUGAUGAUGAUGAUGAUGAUGAUGAUGAUGAUGAUGAUGAUGAUGAUGAUGAUGAUGAUGAUGAUGAUGAUGAUGAUGAUGAUGAUGAUGAUGAUGAUGAUGAUGAUGAUGAUGAUGAUGAUGAUGAUGAUGAUGAUGAUGAUGAUGAUGAUGAUGAUGAUGAUGAUGAUGAUGAUGAUGAUGAUGAUGAUGAUGAUGAUGAUGAUGAUGAUGAUGAUGAUGAUGAUGAUGAUGAUGAUGAUGAUGAUGAUGAUGAUGAUGAUGAUGAUGAUGAUGAUGAUGAUGAUGAUGAUGAUGAUGAUGAUGAUGAUGAUGAUGAUGAUGAUGAUGAUGAUGAUGAUGAUGAUGAUGAUGAUGAUGAUGAUGAUGAUGAUGAUGAUGAUGAUGAUGAUGAUGAUGAUGAUGAUGAUGAUGAUGAUGAUGAUGAUGAUGAUGAUGAUGAUGAUGAUGAUGAUGAUGAUGAUGAUGAUGAUGAUGAUGAUGAUGAUGAUGAUGAUGAUGAUGAUGAUGAUGAUGAUGAUGAUGAUGAUGAUGAUGAUGAUGAUGAUGAUGAUGAUGAUGAUGAUGAUGAUGAUGAUGAUGAUGAUGAUGAUGAUGAUGAUGAUGAUGAUGAUGAUGAUGAUGAUGAUGAUGAUGAUGAUGAUGAUGAUGAUGAUGAUGAUGAUGAUGAUGAUGAUGAUGAUGAUGAUGAUGAUGAUGAUGAUGAUGAUGAUGAUGAUGAUGAUGAUGAUGAUGACGAUCUAACUCGAAACAACUGUAGACAACAAUCGAUUUAUAUCAUAGAUGAAUAAGUGAUAAGUUGUUAAAAAGGAGCUAAUACUUCUUACUCUAUGAUUCUCAGAUUUUAUUGGGAUUUUGUAAUUUUGCAUUUAAAUACAUUUGAUUGUCUCCACUUGUGUUCUAGCAACAAUGGAAGCCUAUUAGAUGGAAAGUAUGUAUCAUGACUUAUUUGUCUAGUUGAAGUAAUGGUUACUGAGUUCGAGCUCUAAUAAAAACACUAGCGAUGAUAUGAUUAUUGAGAUUUUACCAAAUAUGUAUUUGACUAGUGUUUGGUUUUAUUCAGAAUACCUUCAAACAAAUUAACAGUAAUCUCUAGUCUUCAAAGACACAAUGAAUAACGAACUAAUCCAAGGCACUUUAUAAUUUACAACAGAAACUGAAAUAUGUCUAGAUGAGCAAAACUGAACUCUAUUUGAUCCUAUUUAUAAGUAAUAAAAACCUACCUAGUAGACGUUAGUCAACAAAAAGACAUAAACAUUCCCUACUUUAUGAUAACAAUAAGAGAACUGUAGUUGUAAUUUCAAUAAACCCGAUACAUAGCUUUUAAUUUCCUUCAAACACAUACAUACAUCCAAGUUCAUGCAAUUACCUAGAAUGCUGUAGUGUCGGUUACUAUAUUAAGCCCACAUAUCUUAUUCUAGCCUCCGUACAGUCAAAUUUGUUCACUUUACUUCAGUCAUGUUUUGAUCUUGUUAAAUAAUCACUUAUCAACCUUGACUAUUUUUAUAUGAACGUAUGUGUGUACACUUCUUAUC